AUGAGGCCAGUGACUACUUUUUCCCACACCAAAAACCAAAAGUCCAAACUCAGUCAAACACUGAUCUGGUCCGACACUGUCCACCAAGUCGCUUCCAACGACGAGCAGAGUGUAGGAGAUUGUGACACAGACACACAAGCAGUUACCGAUACAAAAGCACUGACACACACGCCCACAUCUACAGUUACAACCGCCAAUACCACAACAUCCCCUCCCCCACUACAUCCAUCUCCACACAAGACAGCAGUCCGCAACAUGUCCAACAUUUCGCGUGUCCUCAACGACGAGCCAGCCGACGAUGCGAAGGUCGAAACCCAGACGCCCAAACUCGCCCCAAUUACCUCGCCAAAACACAAACUGGCCUCCCCCUACUCAAAUCCAUCCCUCAGUAAGAGCGACUCUAGUCUAGACAAGACGCAGAAAGAACACGACGCAGGAGGAGUCACCACGACAGCUACCGCGACAGCAAAAACAGCAGCAACAACAACAACAAUAACAACAACAGGUACACAGAAUCAGAACCACAAUCCGACACUGCCUGCCACAAACGACAGCUCAACGCUUAAACGAACCCUUUCUUCCUCGUCGUUGUCUCCAGCUCUCUCCUCGCCUUCCAACCUCAGAUUCAAGCGAAAGAAGGUGCCCUCUGACAUCCGCAUCUACCCACUUUCCAAGACAGGCCCUCCGCCCGUCAACUCCGCGCCCCCAACCAUCAGAGGAUUUUCGGCUGCAGAGACACAGCCGCCUCUCCGAACCCCAGUGCAUGCCCCCAACUCGGCUAACUCGUCUUCCGGCGGAUCGUCUGAAAAUACGCCCCACACGGCCCACUCCAACAGCGGAAACAACGCCGUCAAUGACUCGGGACUGCCCUCGGCCGUGGGAACAGGCGCAGGAGCUAACAAAAUGUACUACGUGCACCCCAACGGAGUACAGAACCCCAAUGCCAUCAGGUACUACAAUCUGCAGCUCCAGGCCAACAUGGGCAUCCCGCCUCCCCCCGGCUCUCAACCACCGGGAUCUGCAUCGGGCCUUCCUCCUUACCCUGGUGAUGCUCGUAAUCAGAUCCCCAUGGUGUCGCCCCUCAACUCUGCGCAUCCCGGUGGCUCCCUGCAUCCCGGGUCGCAUGGACCCCAUACAGGUGUGCCUCCAGGAUCGGCCACGGGCCUCAUGACGCCACAGCCCCACCCGCACUCGCAAAAGCCAUCGCCAUACUCCAAGGUGCAAGUGGAAGACAUUUACGAGGGUCCAAAUGGUCCUGGGGUGGGUAUCAAGACAUAUCACUUCCCCCAUUAUGUGGAGCUACAAGCCUCUUCGCCAUAUGCAUCUUCGUUUAAGAAGGCGGGUGCUCUUCCUGGGGGAACCACAACCGGCGCGCAGCCCCAGACUACACCUUUGGGCCACCGGGGCGUCAAUGGACGUUCGUCUGCCCCCCGUGCAGAGUCAGAAAUGGACGGUUCUGAGUCCAACGGCGAUAAGAAGGAACGUUUCCUCAAGUUGUGUGGAGAAAUGUGGGAUCUUCUAAAGAAUUGA